AGGAUCUAACUGCAGACCGCAGACAGAGAUAGAGUCACGCCCCGCAGUUAGAGACAAGCCCCCCAUACUAAAGAAGUUUGAGUUCCGAGUUUAUUCCGUAAUGUGUGACACAUACAGCAUGCGCAGUAGUGUUACAAGAAGUUGUCUUCAAGGCAGAGGGGGCGGUGCUCUAUCCAGUUGUAACUAUAUAUUCUUGGGUGUUGCCUGGGAGAAAGCAGACGGACUAUACUCACUAUCUAUGUGGCCUGUUGUCCUUCUGGAGACACGACUACUCCGCUGUCAAGAUGGUGAAAAUGGUGGAUGAUUUGGACGACUUCAAGAAACAGAUGAAGAAUGCCGGAGACAAAGUGGUGGUGGUGGACUUCACGGCUACAUGGUGCCCCCCCUGCAAAAUGAUUGCCCCAAUUUUUGAAGAGUUGGCAGAAAAGUAUACGAACAUGGUUUUCCUGAAGGUGGAUGUGGACGAGGCUGAAGACGUUGCUGCAAAUUACGAGGUUAAUUGCAUGCCCACAUUCAUCUUCAUCAAGAACAGCAAAGUGUUGGAUCGGUUCGAUGGCGCAAACAUACAAAAACUGAAAGAUAAACUGGAGUUUUUUUCAAAACAGUAGUUCCACCAACCUUCGCACAAACAGCUGUUCAUCUCUGUUUUAAUAUCGCUGAAUUAAUAAACAAGAUGAAGACAUUA